UGGAGUAUUGAGUUUACAGAGCAUGAUUCUAGAGUCAAAAUAUUGAUUGAUUGCAUAGCCCAAGAGGGUUCAAAACUUAUGUUCCUUGCAUUUUGUGGUUGCUAUUGUUUUUCUUUUUUUUGUUAAUCUCUGUGAAGGUGGAGUUAUAUAUAUAUAUAUAACUCCAAUGUCAGUACCUCGAAACUAAUUAUUGAUUGCUAUGACUUUCCGAUUCUUGUUAGCCCAGCUCAAUUAUAUGUUUAUAGCAGGCAAAGAAUGUUGAAGCACAUUAAUCAUCUAGAAAUGAGACUAAUGAGACUUAUGGCUUAUGGCUUGUUUCAACUUUUCUAUCAAUGGCGUUGCCUCACAAUAUUUGCGGUGCUUGUUACUUCUUAUCCAGAUUUUACCCCUUCUCGUGGCAACACUCCGGUUCACCAAAUCAUCUCCGCUGGGACCCCACGAAUCAAUGGCACUCCAAUCAAUCAAAGCUUCUCUGCAGCUACUCCUAAAGUCAAUAAUGCCACUCCAGGCCAUCAAAACUCCUCCAUAACCACCCCUAAGAUCAACAAGCCUCAUUUUGAUGGCAGGCCUCCUGGUUCAACUCCCGAGCCAUCACCGACAAAAAAGAAGCUCGUUGAGCUGUUUCGAGAGAGUAUUAGAGAGGACCAAGAUGUUGAUCUACCUCCAAAAUCAGCUUAUGUCACCCCUUCUGUCUCAGGAACUAACUCAUUUUGUAGUAGCGAAAGGACGGCCAAUGGAGAUCCUCUAAUGGAGAAGGACAAACCUAUGAAAUCCGUGCAGUGUUGCCUCCCAAGCUUGGUUUCAUGCCAUAGUUUUAGCGAGAGGAAGAAGAAGAUGAGUCCUGCUAUAGCUGUAAAUGAGAAAGCUUAGUUUUCAAGUAAAAUGUAGUACUUGGUAGGCGGAAGAAAAGCCCGGGACUGAGACUCAGACUUUUCUUCAAGAUCAUAAAUUAAACUAAGACAUUUCAAAUGCGGGACCUCGAGGUUUCUUACCCUGUCCGUGGGUUCGGGGCCGUGGAGGUCAAUGGAGUCUGGAUUAUGAGGUAUUCUGAGGAUUUUAUGUCUGGCUAAAUCCUCCUCAAUGUGAAGUUACACAGGCUCCGAGUGUUCUUUGCUUAAGACAUCAAUACUUGAAUAGGUAGUUUCUGUAAUAAAAGGAGAAGGACAAGGGUAAAACUGUAAAUGGCCCUCUCGUAGUGAACAUGGUAUAUAAAUAUUUUGCUAAGAAAAGUUGGAUUGCACGGUGUAUAUUUUUAUUUUGGGCGGUGAUAUUGUAAGCCAGAGUUUUUAA